AUGACUACCUUUGCUCAUCAUUCACUGCUCGAUAGUCGAUAUGCAGCUAUAGCCGAAACUAGUGUAUAUACUUAUGAUGAUGAUCUUGUUAAUUAUGCUGAAUUUCUUAAAAAACAUGAACGAUAUAUGACAAAAGGUGGUUAUCUUGAUUCUAAUCGACGUGUUCGUUCACUUCAACGACAACAAAAUGAUUCAAAUGUACCACAGAAUCAAAAUUCAUCAUUAAGAAAUAGUUUACCUGCUUCUAUUAAUAAGUCUUCUUCAACACCAACUUUAAAACCAUCGAAAAAAUCUAAGCAACCCAGUGAAAUUGAAUUACCAUCAAUUAUAUCUGUUUCAACAAAUAUUGAACAUAAUCAAAAAGAAUAUGAUAGACAAUUGAGACUUAUUGAGGGACAAGUAAUAAAAUCAAAAGAAAAUGAACUUGAAUUAAAACGUUCAGAACGUGAUGUUAAAAAAGAACAACGACCAUUACAUUAUACUCUUAAAGAACUUGAUUUUGAUGGACCUAAAAAACGUUUUGAUGCUGAAAGAUUUCAAUCGAAAAAUCCGGAUGAAAAAGAGUUAUCAAAAAAGAAAGAACAGCAAAAUAAACAACGACCUGAUCAUGUCGUUGAUUUAAUACAAACUGGUAAAGAUGCUGAUCGUGAAAAUGUACUUGUUUGUAAUGAUCUUGCUCGACAAUAUCGAAUAAAAGCAAAUGAAAUAGAAACAAAACAUCAAAAAUUAGCCGACAUUCAUUCCGAAUUUGAAAAUAAACGUCUAGAAAAAGCGGCGGAAGAAAAUCGAGCCAAAAAAGAAGUAGGUGAUAUAGUCAUGGCACUUCAUUUAGAAUCUCAAAAAGGUAAAAAUGAUAAAAGUGAAUAUUCAAAUCUAUUGAGUCGUGAACGAAUUGAUACAAUUAAACAUGAUCUUCGACAAGAAGAAACAUUUGAAGAACGACUUAAGUAA